AUGUCUCUGCACUACUUUUACGGACACUGUCUGAAAGGUGUCCGGGCCGUUAAUAAGCAUCCUGAGCUGACUGGGGAGAACAAACAGCGGUUUCAGGUCAAUAAGCAUCCUGAGCUGACUGGGGAGAACAAACAGCGGUUUCAGGUCAAUAAGCAUCCUGAGCUGACUGGGGAGAACAAACAGCAGGUCAAUAAGCAUCCUGAGCUGACUGGGGAGAACAAACAGCAGGUCAAUAAGCAUCCUGAGCUGACUGGGGAGAACAAACAGCAGGUCAAUAAGCAUCCUGAGCUGACUGGGGAGAACAAACAGCAGGUCAAUAAGCAUCCUGAGCUGACUGGGGAGAACAAACAGCAGGUCAAUAAGCAUCCUGAGCUGACUGGGGAGAACAAACAGCAGGUCAAUAAGCAUCCUGAGCUGACUGGGGAGAACAAACAGCAGGUCAAUAAGCAUCCUGAGCUGACUGGGGAGAACAAACAGCAGGUCAAUAAGCAUCCUGAGCUGACUGGGGAGAACAAACAGCAGGUCAAUAAGCAUCCUGAGCUGACUGGGGAGAACAAACAGCAGGUCAAUAAGCAUCCUGAGCUGACUGGGGAGAACAAACAGCAGGUCAAUAAGCAUCCUGAGCUGACUGGGGAGAACAAACAGCAGGUCAAUAAGCAUCCUGAGCUGACUGGGGAGAACAAACAGCAGGUCAAUAAGCAUCCUGAGCUGACUGGGGAGAACAAACAGCAGGUCAAUAAGCAUCCUGAGCUGACUGGGGAGAACAAACAGCAGGUCAAUAAGCAUCCUGAGCUGACUGGGGAGAACAAACAGCAGGUCAAUAAGCAUCCUGAGCUGACUGGGGAGAACAAACAGCAGGUCAAUAAGCAUCCUGAGCUGACUGGGGAGAACAAACAGCAGGUCAAUAAGCAUCCUGAGCUGACUGGGGAGAACAAACAGCAGGUCAAUAAGCAUCCUGAGCUGACUGGGGAGAACAAACAGCAGGUCAAUAAGCAUCCUGAGCUGACUGGGGAGAACAAACAGCAGGUCAAUAAGCAUCCUGAGCUGACUGGGGAGAACAAACAGCAGGUCAAUAAGCAUCCUGAGCUGACUGGGGAGAACAAACAGCAGGUCAAUAAGCAUCCUGAGCUGACUGGGGAGAACAAACAGCAGGUCAAUAAGCAUCCUGAGCUGACUGGGGAGAACAAACAGCAGGUCAAUAAGCAUCCUGAGCUGACUGGGGAGAACAAACAGCAGGUCAAUAAGCAUCCUGAGCUGACUGGGGAGAACAAACAGCAGGUCAAUAAGCAUCCUGAGCUGACUGGGGAGAACAAACAGCAGGUCAAUAAGCAUCCUGAGCUGACUGGGGAGAACAAACAGCAGGUCAAUAAGCAUCCUGAGCUGACUGGGGAGAACAAACAGCAGGUCAAUAAGCAUCCUGAGCUGACUGGGGAGAACAAACAGCGGUUUAAUUGA